AACUUAACUUGAAGCUGGAGCCAUCUUUCAAGUUCUACUGAUACCUGUUUCUUCGUGGAAAUUAUUUACAUGUAAAUUCAAUGGCAAGAAUGAAUCAGCRUUGUAGGAAUGUUUUCAAAACUUUAGCUGUGAUUGUACUAGCACUGUACAUUAAACUUUGGUUGACAAAGAUAGACGAUAAUUACUAUAUUCAAUCUGUUGAACAGUCUCUUUCAGAUGACAGACAUMAAUUAGUUACCAUGGAUAACCUGAAAAUUGUCACUUAUAAUAUGUGGUGUAAUUACGUAAUCAAAAAUAAGAAUCAAAACUUUUUAAACUAUGUCCAAAGAUUUGAAAGUUUGGUAAAUGGUCUAAAAGAUGUGGACAUUAUUUUUGUUCAAGAAAUYUUCAUAUUGCGGGCAGGACCAUUUGAGUUUUCAAAUUGUGUUGGAGAAAUGGUGGAUAUGAUGCAUUCCAAGGGUUUCAAAUACAACACCAAUGUAACUGACACUGUACCCUAUGUGUUUGGUCAAAGCAGUGGCGUGGCAAUAUUCAGCAAGAUUCCUUUAAGAAGUGGAUAUUCUGAGAUCUUCAAAAAUGCUGGUAUAUUUGAAUUUGUCAACAAUAAAGGAUUUGCUUCUGCAGAGAUUAUUGUCAAUGAAAAGAAAAUCUCUCUUUUUAAUGCACACACAGACGCCCAUAAGGAAAGUAUUCGAAGCCUUCAACUAAAACAACUAAUAUCUGCAAUAGAAAAGAAGAAAAACUCUGUCAUCAUUGUAGGAGGAGACCUAAAUAUAAAUGCACUUCAUAAAUACAAACAAGAAUAUUCUGARUUAUUGAAAAUGAUGAAAAGUGUUGGRCUAAAGACAAUUUUCCCAGUCCCAAAGAAAACUGAACCUUCUGGCUGUUUUGACUAUCUUUUUGUGAGCUCUCAUGUGGAAAUUGCUGACAAAAAGGUUAUUGAUCUGCUGACUCCAAGUGGAGAAAGGGUUUCUGACCAUUUUGGUAUAUUUAUGGUCAUUGAUUUGCAUAAAUUGUAGAAUCCUGAUAAGAUAUUUUCAUAGUCUAGUGAAGUAAAUGGAGACAGAGAAGAGAAUUUAAAACAGCAAAGGAAGUUUAACACAGGAGCCAGAUUGUACAAAGGGUGAGUAGAGCUAUCCUAGUGGUAAAAUCUUGAUUCAGUGGAUAAAAUCCAUACCAAAUAUAUGGAGAGKAUAACUUUAACUUGUGGAUAAGUUUAUCCACCCUUUAUUCAACUGGGCCCCUGAAGAUGGGCAUGCAGCUAGAGAUAGGUGCAGAUUUUAUCUUUGAUUUCGAAAGUGAAGAAGAUAGAUUGAUCGUAUCUCCAAGCGUUCAUAUCAUGUUAUGUUUUUUUAUAGAAACUGAAUAUCUAUAGGCAAGAAAUAKGGUAAUUUUGUACAGAGCAUCCAUGGUUACAUGUUAUUUUCACAUGUGAGGAAGAUAGGAAGCACAGAAGUACAAUAGAAAGAAGAGAGAAAAGUAAAAAGAGAGAUUUGUGGAGGAUCGAGGCUUUUUUUUCAGGUCAAGUURAUUAAUUGGUCAGUGGYSAAAUGGUCUGGAARAUUUGGCAACUUCUGCAUGCCAGUGGGAAAAUUUAACAAAAUGAUUUUUACUUGGACAACAAAAACUUUGUAAUUAAUGUGUGUAGUUAAUCAGUUYAACCAAUAUUGAAUGUCAUUACUUACCUACAAGCAUCCUCCUUGCCACUAGAGCAGAUUUCGUAUGAGUGGGACACUGUUACCGCACAGUUACCGGACCUGGCCUGCACAUUUUUUUGUGAACCAAUGUGGCACUAGAAUUUGGUUACAGUASGAUUACAGUCACAGUWCAGUACCAUCCGUUUCCCACUCAUACGAAAUCYGCUCUAAUAAUGUCACAAAGUGUUUGUUAAGGUGCAUUAUGGGAUCAAAAGUUAAAAAUGUACAGCCAGCCUCAUCGUAUAUGUAUUGUUAGAUAGGUACUAUAAUAAUAGUUUUUUGAUAAAAUAUAAUAUAUGGCAGGCCCAUAGGCU